AUCAAGCCGACGCACAAUUACUCCAGACAAUCUCACUCCUCCAAGAUACCGACAACUCCCAUGGCGAUCUCAUAAUCGAACAGUCCUAUGAUGACGACCCCGACGCCAUCUCUCUCCGCCCUCCUCGCGCAAACCCACCUCACGGACCACAGUGCCGUCCUCAAUGCCGCUAACGCCUCUCUCAAGAAAUCGAAAACCGACAUCGAAGCACAGCAUGUACGCGUGGUUGCGCUGCUGAAUCUAGAAAGAUAUGCGGACACCCUAGACGCCUUCGAGAAAGGCGGAGAGAAGUUGAAGAAGAGCGCGGGAUUGGAGUACGCAUAUGCGCUAUACAGGGCCGGAAGGCCGAAGGAGGCUGUAGAAGUGGUGAAAGCGGAUGAAAGCAGAGGUGCGAGGCAUGUGCUUGCGCAGGCGUCUUAUCGUAUCGAGGACUUUGCGCGGGCGGCGCGGAUAUACCAGGAACUGGCCUCCCAGGAUGGUGGUCUUGAGAAUGAGGAAAAUGAUCUGAGGAUCAACUCCGGUGCUGUAGAUGCUCAACUCGAGUGGUCCGGGCAAGGGGAUAUAGCUGUGAGGAAGAAGUCUGCAAGAGAGGACUUGGAGGCAUUCGAGACGUCUUACAAUGCUGCUUGUGUGAGCAUUUCGAGAGGCGAGCUGAAACAAGGAGAUUUCCUGCUGCAAAGAUCGAGAGACUUGUGCAACGCGUUGGAGGAUCUGACCGAGGCGGAGAAGAAGGCAGAAAUUCUACCAAUAUUGGUGCAGCAAGUAUAUGUGUUGAUGCAAAUGGGAAAGCUUGAUGAAGCGGAGGAGCUGUGCUCGAAUUUGCCAUUUGCGGAAAUUCGUGAGCUCUCCACUAGACACAUUGCUCAAGUCAACUCCAUUGCAGCGUCCAAAGAACACUCGAAUCCGUAUCUAUCCCAUCGCCUCAUGAACUCGACACCGGCUCCUCCUCCAACGGAUCAGCAUUUCACCUUCCAAUCCACGAUUCUCCGCCAGAACAAAUAUGCCAUGGACCUACUCAGCGGAAAAUACGCUGGUGUUGCCAACUCAUCCUCCAAGUAUCUCUCAAGCCAACCUUCUCCAACCAUAUCACCUGGCCCCGUCUCUGUUGCAGUCUUCAACGCCGCCGCCCACGCACAUGCCCUAAAAGAGAAAGCUGCCAUCAAGGAAGUCCUCCCCGUUCUCGAAAAGCGACCCUCAGACGUUGGCCUGCUCCUCACAGUAACGCAACUAUACCUCUUAACAAACAACCACGCCGCCGCAACUUCCCUCCUCGAAUCCUUCUUCCGCCGUCUGGAAACGUCCGCCACACCCGCCGAUCUCGACGUCCGCUUCGCCCCCGGCCUCAUAGCGACAAUGGUAAGCCUCUACGCCAUCCAAGGCCGGAAAUCGCACAGCAAGAACGAGCUAGCACGGGCAGCGAGCUACUGGCGGCGCAAAUCAAAGACGCCUCCAAAGACACUCCUGCGCGCAGCGGGCACAGCCUUGCUGGACAGCUACAACGAAGAAGACCUCAGCACCGCCGGGGAAAUAUUCUCCAGCUUACACGCGGCGGAUAAAACCGACCGCGCUGCUGGCGCUGGCCUGGUCGCCGCGUACGCCAUCAUCGCGCCGGAGAAACUGGAUAAAGAGCUCGUGGAUAGCCUCCCGCCUGUCGCGAAGCUGGUGCAAGGUAUCGAUGCUGCGAGCCUGGAGGAAGCGGGCGUCGCGCUGCCGCCCUCGCAGGCGCCGCUUGCGGCUGAUGCUGGCAAGAAGCGCGCAGGUGAUAAGGCGGUCAAGCCGGAGGUGAAGAGGAUCAGGAAGAAUCGGAUGCCGAAGGAUUUUGUCGAGGGGAAGAAGAUGGAUGAGGAGCGGUGGUUGCCGAUGAAGGAUCGGAGCUAUUACCGGCCUAAGGGACGGAAGGGGAAAGCCAGGGCGGCGGGGCUGACGCAGGGGGGGCCGGUGGCAGAGGAGAAGGUGGAGGCGAAGCCGGAGGUGAAGGCGGGCGGGGGUGGAGGCGGAGGGCAGCAGAAGAAGAAGAAGGGGAAGGGGAAGGGGGGGAAGUGGUAG